AUGCGUUAUUUUCUGCUGAGACCAGAGACUUUGUUCCUUCUGUGCAUCAGCCUGGCUCUAUGGAGUUACUUCUUCCACACGGACGAAGUGAAGACUAUUGUAAAGUCCAGCCGGGAUGCGGUUAAGAUGGUCAAGGGGAAAGUGGCAGAGAUGAUGCAGAAUGAGCGGUUUGGGGGACUGGACAUCCUGGAUGCUGAGUUUUCUAAGACUUGGGAGUUAAAGGGCAGCAACGUGGCUGUAUAUUCAAUCCAAGGCCGGAGGGAUCACAUGGAGGACAGGUUUGAGGUCCUCUCAGACUUGGUCAACAAAAGCCAUCCAUCUAUUUUUGGCAUCUUUGAUGGUCACGGGGGAGAGGCAGCUGCUGACUUUGCCAAAGCCCAUUUGCCUGAGGCUCUUCGCCAGAGGCUGCAGGUCUAUGAGCGUGACAAAGAGCGGGACAGAGAUAAGGGGAAAGAUGAGAAGAGAGAGAGUGUUGGACCCUCAUAUGCUUCAAUAUUGGAGCAACAGAUCUUAAACAUAGACAGAGACAUGCUGGAGAAACUCUCUGCUACUUACAAUGAAGCAGGUACAACUUGUCUUGUGGCCUUGUUGUCUGAAAAGGAGUUAAUCGUGUCCAAUGUUGGAGACUCUAGAGGAGUUUUGUGUGAUAAAAAUGGCAAUGCUAUCCCUCUGUCACACGACCACAAGCCUUACCAAUUCAAGGAACGCAAAAGGAUAAAGAAGGCUGGUGGUUUUAUCAGUUUCAAUGGCUCUUGGCGUGUUCAAGGUAUCCUGGCUAUGUCUCGUUCUCUGGGAGACUACCCCUUGAAGAAUCUCAACGUUGUUGUCUCAGAUCCCGACAUCAUGUCCUUUGAUCUCGACAAGCUUCAGCCUGAGUUUAUGAUCCUGGCGUCGGACGGCCUGUGGGACACCUUCAGCAACGAGGAAGCUGUGCGUUUUAUCAGAGAUCGACUGGACGAGCCACAUUUUGGUGCCAAGAGCAUUGUCUUGCAGUCCUUCUACAGGGGCUGCCCUGACAACAUCACUGUAAUGAUUGUCAAGUUUAAAUCCAAAUCUGAGAAGUAG